CGCAGAAGAAAAAAAUGAAGGAGAGGAAAAAAUAAAAAAGAAAAAGGGUUAGGGCUUCCCUUGCCAGAGCAGAGAGAGGGAAGGAGACGCUGAGAGAGGGAGAAGGAGACGUUGGGUCAGAGCAGUUGCUGCUCCUAUCAAUGACAAAAUGACAAGCCUUCCCCUCCAUAUUGUGCCUGGUUUGAAUGUUGCUGCAUCAGCUCUAAGCUUGUCUUAUUCCUCAUGUAUGGCUAGACCCCUUCAGUCAUAAGAUGUCUUUGUUUCUGGGUAAUCUUUCUCCUCGCAUUCGAAAAGAAGAGCUUGAACGGGUUUUCCAGAGGUUCGGGCGCAGUAAUGUACAGCUGAAAGAUGGAUAUGGAUUUGCAGUUUAUGAUGUCCCAGCGGAUGCAGAGAGAGCUCUGCGAGCACUGCGAGGGAAGAUUAUCUGUGGGGAGCAGAUAUCUCUGACAUGGUCAAACAAACAGCCUAGACCAUUUAAAAAGUUCACAAGAAGCAUCGGAUUCUCUCAACCAUAUCGUGGAAGGAAUUUCAUGAGGGAAGAAGCUAAUGGUGUGAGAAGCAGCGGUUCACAAGAUCAAAGAGAUUUUACAGCUGGUCCCAAGUACACAAAUCAUAACCGUGAAGUGCCUCGUGCAGAUGGUGGUGAGGAGGAUAUUGAAGAUCAUGAAGGAGAAAAAGGUCUGAAUUUAAAAGAGGGGGUGCUGGAUGAUGGUGGUACCGUAGAACACAAUUUGGUGGAAAAUGAUAGAUGGGGAGCCCCCAUCAGUGAUUCAUUGAAUGACACUGUAGAGGAGAAUGGAACUGAGUUUGACCGUUAUGAACCUUACCAUGGUUAUGACAGAAGAGAUGAGAAUGAAAACCACAAGAUGACCAGUUCCCCGGAAAGAGCAUGGAAAGAGCACUCUCAUGAUCGUUCAAAGCCCCAACAUGUCUGCUAUAACUGUGGCCUAGAGGGUCACAUCUUGCGUAAUUGUCCAAGACCAGAUGGUCCGAGGCGAGAGAAGUUUAGCAGGUUUGGCCGUCGACGGGAUGUUGAAAUCACUUUCAGGGGUAGAGGUAAAGGGAGAGUCCAAAGGGCCUGGGAAAGUCCAAAUAUGCGCGGAGAUAGGCCCUUAACAAGUCGGCAUAUGACUGAUAGAAAGGCAUCUCGUUCUGGGAAGCUCAGAAGGAUGGCCAAGAAGCGGGACGGUCUCCUUGAAAGUAAGGAAAAUUGGCGUCUUCGAAUUAGUAGGGAUUCUUGCGGAAAGAAAAGAAAUAGGAAGGAACAUGAAACUCCAAAGAAACGUCGAGGAAAGAAAGCGAGGUCUGAUUCGUCACAACGACAUUCUGAUUCUCCUGCACCUACUUCACGCUCGCAUUCGCCAUCCUCAAAAUCUCUUUCAGGGAUCAGCUCCCAUUCGCGCUCGAGGUCAGAAUCUUCUAGCUCCCACUCAGUUUCUUCUAGUUCUAGAUCCCUUUCACCGUCAUCUUAUUCCAGAUCAUGGAAUUUUAGAUCGAGGUCAAGGUCGAGCUCUUCGAGGUCAUUAUCUUUGUCCAUUUCAUUGGGUCGACAGUCACCAUCUUCUCCAAAUGGGGCAGGGGCAGAUGCUACCGGCAACUCCCCAAAGGAUCAUUUGGAGCAUGAUAUGGAUCCGGCAUCCAAGGACCUUUUGCUUGAACCCAAACAUUCCGGAGGCGAUGUCGGUUCUGAGCAUUUAGAACCAAAAGUCACAGGCGGGACACAAAAAGAUGAAAAUGCUGGACAUGUUUAUGAUGGUGGUAAUCAUUCAACAUCGAGGAUUGAAUACUUGGAAAAGAUUCCAUGCACAGUUCCAUUGGAAAAAAUCGCUUUUACUGCCGAGAACUCUUCUUCGGAGAAAUUUAGAGAGAUGGACGACCUCGCAAGAGCUCCACUUGGGAAGCCGAAUCCACAGAUCCCAGUAAGUUGCCAGGGGAGCAAAUCAACAAGAAUAUCGCCACAGGAGAUGUGCAUGGUUCUGAAGCACUAUGGCCUGGCGGCACCAGAAGAAAGUGAACUGCAUUUACCAGUAGAGUCUUACUUUGGUGCAGCCCGGUUUUGGCCGUGGGAAAUGAUUUACUACCGGCGACUGAAGAAGGGACCAAUUUCAACUGAAAAUUAUGCCAGACGCGUAACGCAGAAUACAGAAUUCGGCAUCGUGGAUAAGUACAUUAGAAGCAGUAGUGGGUGGGGAGAAUAUGAUGGAAGUGAUUCAUGAUCAGUUUCUCUGUUGCCAUUUGUGCAUUUUUCUGGGGCCCAUUUGCCUUUUAAGUUGUGAUCGUGGGUCGCUGUACAUGCAUAUUUCCUAUUAGGCUUCUUGAGAUGAAGUUGUGAACAGGUACACACACUCUAACUGAAUCUAAUCCUUGCUCCAGGUUUCUGGAAUGCAUGAAUGAUGUCAUCUCAGUCUUAUCUCUAUUUAGGAAUAAUCCAUUGUUACUGUUGUUCAGACGGAAUAACUUCAUGAAGGUUGAAAUUCAGUACUGAUUUGAAAGUAAGCUGAAACCUUAUGUUUGGUUUAGGUGAUGCGGUGAACCAAGUUAUGGAUAUGGUUAGUAUGAGUUCCAUUUCGGUAUGCUGAAUGAGUAAUAUUGCCCUUGCAAUUCAUUGCACACUCUUAGAAGAAAUUUGCUGUUAUGCAUGAAAUGGACUCUUUCUUUCUUUGUUUCCUUCUUUUUCUUUUGUGUUGUUGGUUAUUGCAGUAGAACUCCGAAGGUCAUCUGGAAAAAAUAAUUUGGAUUUUGAAUAUAUGCAUUUAUGAAUAUUUGAUCAA